AUGACAGAACAUGACGAUUUGAUAGACUACGAUGAAGAAGACGAGAACAUACCUACUGACGUUGCACCUUCCGAACCGCCUGCUGUAAACAGUAAAGAUAAUACUGAAGAGGAUAAGAAAGAUAAAAAGGGUAGUUACGUCGGCAUUCACUCUACUGGUUUUAGAGAUUUUUUGCUGAAGCCCGAGUUAUUGCGCGCCAUUGUUGACUGCGGGUUUGAACAUCCCUCUGAAGUUCAACAAGAAUGUAUUCCUCAAUCAAUUCUUGGUAUGGAUGUUCUAUGCCAAGCAAAAUCUGGAAUGGGGAAGACAGCGGUUUUUGUUCUGGCCACCCUUCAACAGGUUGAGCCCGCCCCGGGGGAAGUUUCUGUCAUCGUGCUCUGCCAUACUCGUGAAUUGGCCUAUCAAAUUAGGAAUGAGUACACUCGAUUCAGCAAGUAUAUGCCAGAGAUUAAGGUUGAUGUCUUCUUUGGUGGAACCAUAGUCAAGGACGACCAAAAAAAGUUUUCAAACAAGGAUACCACUCCUCACAUUGUGGUUGGUACACCUGGAAGGGUACUCGCCUUAGUGAACGAAGGGUAUCUCAAAGCGGGCAGUGUCAAACACUUUGUGCUUGACGAAUGCGAUAAGAUGCUCGAUCAACUAGACAUGAGACGUGACGUACAAUCCAUCUUCAGAAAAACUCCUCAUAACAAGCAGGUUAUGAUGUUUAGUGCCACACUUAGUAAAGAUAUUCGACCGAUCUGUAAAAAGUUUAUGCAAAACCCUCUAGAAAUCUAUGUUGAUGACGAAACAAAGCUCACGUUACAUGGCUUACAACAAUAUUUCCUAAAGUUAAACGAGUCUGCCAAGAACCGAAAAUUAAACGAUCUCUUGGAUACUCUUGAAUUCAAUCAAGUGUGUAUAUUUGUGAAAUCCGUUUCGCGAGCCAACGAAUUGAACAAACUUCUAUGUGACUGCAAUUUCCCCAGUAUUUGUAUUCACGGUGGUAUGACCCAAACCGAUAGAAUUGCUAAAUACAAGGCUUUUAAAGAUUUCCAGAAAAGAAUAAUGGUAGCUACAGACGUUUUUGGUCGUGGGAUUGAUGUUGAACGCGUAAAUAUCGUUAUCAAUUAUGAUAUGCCUGACGGUCCAGACACGUACUUGCAUAGGGUAAAUCCUCUUCACGAAUUUGGAACGAAAGGCGCUGCUAUCACUUUCGUAUCAAAUACUGAGGAUGCAGAAAUCUUAAACAAAGUUCAGGAAAGGUUCGAAGUGAACAUUACCCCGCUUCCAGAUGAACUAGAAAUUAAUAAUUACA